ACACGGUUACACGUGACGUAUCCAGGGCGAACAUGGCGCUGGAAAGAGGAGGUGAUGCUGUACCGUGUCAACUAACCAUACGCUCUUCAUUUUCUUUUCGUCCGAUAACCGUUUAAAUUUUAUGAAACCAAAGUGCAGAAAUUAUGAUUCCUCGAGGGAUAUAACGAGCCUUUAUGGUGUUUUAAACAAUGAAGGACGACAGCGAGUAAAAAAACCAAAACCCCGCUGUGUACCGGUAACUAGCGUCAGCUCGGGUAGCACCGCUUAGCUGCACUGUUGAUGGUCAGGCUAAUGCUAAUGCUAAUAGCUAGCUAUGCUAAAUGUUUGGGUUCUAUUACUACGAGACGAAUGUAGACAGAACCGUAGUAGUAGGUAGUUUUACACACAAAUGACUCUUUUGUAUUAUUUACUUUGACAUUAGUGUGUCCUAGACGUUUAGAGGAGACUAGUGAGCUAGCCGAGCUGGGACCAUGGCUAGCCUCCGUGUGUGGAUGUUGUUACUCGGAGCGGCGCUUCUGGAGCUCGGGCAGCUGUACGAAGGCGCGCCUCUUCCGGGUGAGGCACAAUCAGGGGAUUUUCCAGAUGAACAGAAUUUCCCUCUGAAUCUUUUGCUGGUUGUGUCUGUGUCUGUCCUGGUGGCUACUGUGGUGGUGCUAUUCAACUGCGUAACCUGCUGCAAAGAACGAGAGAUCAACUUUAAGGAGUUUGAAGACAACUUUGAGGAUGAGAUUGACUUUACCCCUCCAGCAGAAGACACCCCAUCCAUGCAGUCUCCAGCUGAGGUGUACACACUGGCUGUGCCACAGGUGCCCAUGCCUGGACCUCCACACCUCCAGCUGCCCCGGAUAGCAGACGCCUCGACAGGCCCACAUGUAGCGCGACACACUCUAAGUUACAUUCAGGAGAUUGGGAGCGGCUGGUUUGGCAAGGUUUUGCUCAGUGACAUCUACUCAGACCCCAGCAUAACCAGAGUGGUGGUCAAAGAACUGAAGGCCAAUGCCAGCUCCAAAGAACAGAAUGACUUCCUUCAGCAGGGAGAUCCAUACAGGGUUCUCCGGCACCCAAAUAUAUUGCAUUGCCUUGGGCAGUGUGUUGAGGCGAUUCCUUUCCUGCUUGUCUUUGAGUACACUGACCUGGGAGAUCUGAGAAGCUACGUUACUCAGCACGAAUGGCUGUACAGGAAUGGAGAGCUGCUGCAGCUGCAGAAGAUGGCCUGUGAGAUUGCUGCUGGACUUACUCACAUGCACAAGCACAACUUCCUGCACAGUGAUUUGGCCUUGAGGAACUGUUAUCUUACAACAGACAUGACUGUCAAAAUAGGAGAUUAUGGCAUUGGCUCCUCAAGAUUUAAAGAGGACUACAUCACCACAGAGGAGGACCAGUGUGUAGCUUUGCGUUGGCUCGCACCGGAGCUCGUAGGUGAAUUGCACGGAGGUGUGAUAACAUCCGAACAAACUAAGCCUGGUAACGUUUGGGCUUUGGGUGUGACCUUAUGGGAACUGUUUGAGAGGGGAACACAUCCUUAUACACAUCUGUCAGAUAAAGAGGUACUUCACCAUGUCAUCCGAGAUCAACAGAUCAAACUCCUAAAGCCUCACCUCGAUCUACCUUACUCAGAAAGAUGGUACGAGGUACUGCAGUUUUGCUGGCUUCCUGCAGACAAAAGGGCCACAGCUGAGGAGAUUCACCGGCUGCUCACCUACCUCCGGAUGCAGGGGCAAAAAGAAAUCGAAGACGACUUUGAGCAACGUUGGAGCUCUCUGAAGCCUAAUCCUACCGCCCGGCAGACUACUGUCAGCCAUUCAUCCUUCCCCAUAUUAGAGCAGUUUGACGAUGGCCGAGAACCGGAUGAGUUACUCACUGUGACGGAGACGAGUCAUGGUCUAAGUUUUGAGUAUGUAUGGGAAGCUGCAAGACUUGACCACUAUGACAGCCACACUCGGUCUUCCAUGGAAACAACUCUCAACUAUCACAGCAUGUUCUUUCCAGUGCCACAGCAAGACAUCCAGGCUCACUUUCCCGAGACUAAACCAGAGGCCGAAAGAGUCCCAGGGACCUUGCCAGUGUUUGAUGCAAGAGAGGGACACUCUGGGAACGAGUACUACAUUCAGUUAGAGGAGCAAGAUGAAAGUGUCCUUGGAGUCAUGGAUAGUCAGAGUGCUGAGGGAGCAACUGCUUCAAACAAGGAGCAAUACUUCAUCUUGCAGGACGUCAAGUUAGACGAGUCUAGCACAGAUGCAGAUUUCUUUCAUCAGAGCAUAGACUCUAAAGACUCGUUUCUUCAAGACAGCCAUAUAUGGUCCUCAAGUGAACAUGAGAGUCCUUACCAAGCAGACAUUUUCAGCGAGAAAGAUUCAAAAUCAGAGGAACCUCAUUCUUUCAGAAGUGGUUUCAUGGAGCUUCCUGAGAUUCAGACUUUUCAUGGAGACACCAAGGGCACAAUGGAAAAUGAAAGUCUGAGCACUUCUUUCUUUGGUAUAGAAAAAGAAGCUGUUCAUUCAAGAGACUUUGAUGGAGGGAAUGCAGAUGUAAUAAAGCUUCUAAACACAGAGAAACUGGUUGACAACUUUGUAUUCCUAAAAGAAAACAGCCUAAUUAAAGAGAGCUCUGUACUUCCAGAGUCCAGAGACAUACAGGCAACAGAUGUAGCGCUAAGCCUGUUUGAUGAUGUUGAUGCUGCAAAUAAUUUGAAUGGUACUGGUGACUCCUCAGAACCUGUAGUAACGUCUGCACAGCUUAGGGAGGAAUUCUUGGACUUGGUAAAUCCAAUUUUAAGAGAUUUCCUAUCACCUUUAAAAGAAAGUGAAACACUGGUGCCUUCAGAUAUAUUCUCAUCGGAAGAAACCUGUAGCAACCAGAUGCCAGAAAUCACUGGCUCUUCAAAUAAGGAAACUGAUCAAUUAGAUGGCUGGAUUUAUUCUGAGUCUACCUCUGAGAGCGCCAAGAUCGCUGUUUUAAAUCCGACCAAUAGUCAUCAGUUUAAUGAUGAAUUUGCCACCACAGACAAUUUGUGCACAAAUGCCAAUACCUCUGGCCUUGAAGAAUGCCUCACUGUCUCUGAGGAGAACAGCCAGGACAAAGCAAUUGUAGUAGAGUGUUCUAAUCAGAAGAGCCAGCUCUCUUCUCCUGUAGAUGAAUCUUCAAUAGUAGAUAGUGGUAUAACUGAAGGCUUAACAAGUAGUGACUCCUUCAGUGAAAUUCUUUCAGAUGGGGAUGUUCUCAGCAAAAUCGAAGAGGCUCCAUUACAAGAAGCUCAGGAAGAAUGUUUUGUGGACAACCAUGUUUCUCAGGAUACAUCCUCACCAUUGAUCUUAGACUCUUGUUUGGACCAGAUCAGCCAGGACAGCCUUCUGGAGGACAGCAUUUCAUUUACUUUACCAGUUCUUGGGAAUUCAGCAGAAACCCCUGAUUCGUUAGAGAGGUUAGAGAUGCAUAGAGAGUUGGGGCAUGGGAAAACUCUGGAUCAUUUCAAUCAUAAGCUCCAACCACCUUACAGACCUGCAGACAGUGGAUAUGAAACAGAGAACAUUGAAUCACCCGAGUGGAAUUCUCAACCAAGCACAGACGAUGUCUCAGAGGAAAAUGUAAAUACUGCUAAAGAAGUGCAUGCUGCUGCCACGCUGACUCCUCCAGAAAUAAUAGUGUCUGAAGUGGACAGUGUACCUGAUGUUCAGGAAAAUGGAGAUGGUCUGCACCAAGAAAUUGGUGAUGCACCUGUUGGUGGAAGCUACAGAGACUCUGCUUACUUCUCUGACAAUGAAGAACUGGAUAAGAAGAGCGACGAUGUCAGCGGUGGAACUCGUGUUGAUGCAUCUCCUUGGGUUGGGAACGAUCAUAUGAGUGCGUCAACAGAAAGGCAUUCAUCUCUCCCAGAAACUGUAGCAUCUGAUGAUCAGCAAAUACAUGUUGGUCCUAAAAUCGAUGCUGGCGUAAAGGCGUCCAGACAGAACGUCUUGAGUCAAGAAGACGACUCGGAUGAAGAAAAGCCAGCAUCUGAUCUAACUCGGAAAGAAGAGCGGUUGGAAUCCUUCUCUGAACUCUUAACAUAUCCACCUCAUUCCAGUUUUAAACCUGAAGCUCAUGAAGACACAUUCUCUACCUCAGUAACGCCUUCAGCCGAAAAUGUAGUCCAUGCAAAACUGGUGAGGACCUAUGGGGAAGGCCCAAAGAAAAAGGAGCCUGAUAUGGAAGGAAGAUUCCUUGGAAAGCUAGAAGGAGCUACGGUGACUGGAGGUUCAGAAGACGGCAUGGAGGCUGAUGAGGAGGAUGAGAACAGUGAUGAUUCAGACGAUGACAUGCGUGCAUACAGACUGCACAGCUCCAGCUCGGAGAGCGAGGAUGACGUCGAGCAUCCUGUUCCUGUAAUAGUGUCCGACAACAGCAACGCCUGCAACCUCAAGAGCUUGUUAAAACCUAAAUCGCUCCAGAUGGAUAAAUCCACAACAGCAUCGAAUAUUAACACAGAAAACAGAAGAGCAGUGUCCUUCUUUGAUGAUGUCACCGUUUACCUCUUUGACCAGGAAACCCCAACAAAGGAGCUUGGAGAGCAUAUCUCAGGCUCCAACAGCCAGGUGUCUGAGUUUAGCAGCCCGUCGGCCUCCUCCAGUUACCUAAACAGAUUUCCCAACUCAGAAAGCUCCACAGAUGAAGAAGGUGGUGCAUUCGAGUGGGACGAUGACUUCUCUCCAGACCCCUCCUUUCUAGCUAAGUCAGGAAGUGAUCAGACUUCAAACAAGGCCACGACAGCAUACUUCUCCCCUCCCCCUGCAAGCCGCUCCUCAGAGCAGAGCUGGAGCAGCUCCACCACGUACUCCCGCUUCUCCAUCUCUCCAGCAAACAUCGCCAGCUUCUCCCUCACCCACCUCACAGACUCGGACAUCGAACAAGGAGGAAGCAGUGAAGAUGGAGAGAAAGACUGAUGACUUGUUUGUAUGCAGUAUUUGGGCUAAAGGACACAUUUUGUAAGUGUUAAUGAGAAUUUAGACACUUGCCUUGAAGGCUGUGAUGAGCUUCUCAGGCAACGUUACUGAAGAAAAACUGCACAAUCACAGAGUAAAUCACUGGCAUCGACAUCCUCUAUUUUUGUUCUCUUCUUACACUUCAGGAGAUUAAGCAUUAUUGUCUUUGACCCCUGAUAGUGAUCUCCAUGCACCGCCUGAGUCUGUGGAAGUAAAGGAACCUAUCAUGCUCGACAUGCUUUAAGUCUUUAAAGCGCUUCCUGAAUCAUUUCUCUGUUCUCUCUCUCUCUCUGUGUGGAUAUUUCAUAUAAGUUUUGUUGACAUUUCCACUGGACGGCUGAGCCGAUCUUUUCACAGAUCACGGCCAAUAGGCUCCUGCACCGUUGUGCAAACUUUCUCUUACGGUACUUGGCUUUUAGAUCGAAAACACUACAUUUUAUGUGCUGAACGUGUCAUAAUUAUCUGUUGUUAAGAACUAGCUUUUGAAAUAAGAGCAGCACUCACAGCUAAAGAUAUUUUUGCACAAAGUUUUGACUGUACAUUUUCUAAUGGUGGCCUACAAUUUAUUGUAUCUUAAGCAGAAACCUGUCGACUUUGUCGUGUGAUGAGAAACAUGGUGGGAUGAUUACUGAAAUUAAGUUAACAUUACAAAAUUUUCUAAAAGGACAGAGGUAUGUAGUGUGUCCGUUUGGCUAAAUGCUCAUCGUGGCUGUUUGUGUCAGGAUUUUACUAUUAGUCCAGUGCUAGGAACAUCCAUAUCCAUACAUACAGGGAGGUAAGGUGCAUCAUUUUCCCCUGAAGAGUCUUCUAAAACACACACACUUGUCAAACUGGGCAGUAUCUCACACUAACAGCAUGUUGAUUAUUAUUCAUUUGAAUAUUUUUUAAUAUUUAAUUAAAUUUUUUUUUAAUGCAAAAGUCACAAGAGGAAAAAAAAAUAAUAUUUCAAAAGUAUUUGAGGAUCAUGCGGUCUGCAGAUGUAUUAAAUAUGAGGAAAAAGAGAGAACUUUGAAACUCGGACAGUUUUAUCAUUUCCUUCAUUUUUUUAUGCAAACGAACCAAACUUUUUCAAGAUGGUGGAAAUCCGCUGAGCAGCUAACUUGUAUUUUUUUUUCCCCUGUAGGUUUAGAUUGUAUGAUGUAUUUAAUCAUGUCACUGUCUGAGUUUUCAUCCAUCAUGCCUUCACCUAGAAUGUAAUAUAAUUAUGAAACACUUUCAUGAGAAACUUCCAGAAAUAUUAAGAACACUUUAAUGAUUGGUAUUUAAGAACUUCCGAUAGUUAUACAUAUAUUUUACUAAAUGCCCUGGUGUUACACUACAGAGAGGCUGACGAACAGAUGUUAAACGUUUCAUACUGUAUUUUCCUUACGUAUUAUUACUACAUUUAAAAUCGGUUAAAUCAGCCAAAUAUUCUUUAGUAAAGAAUUUCCCUUCAUUUGGUAUGUGCAUGGUUUUGAACUCGUUUAAAUAAGCUACGGAAUCGAACCGAAUUGUUGAAGUGUAUGAACGUUUUUGUUGUUUAUGGAAUCAUGAAAAGAAAGACACGAGGGAGUAUGCAGAAGAUAAUUACUUUUGUAAUUCAGUAAAGUAAGCUGUGUGUUUCAGAACGAUGUACGUAUUACCAGCACUCUUUUAGUUGAUCUUGAAAUUUUAUUUAAGGAAAUCUGUUGGUUUUAUUUUGCAGUAUAUACAUUUGCUUAAUCUUGCACAUCUUGAAAGUGUAACUUAAUGUUGAGCUGUACGGAUGUAUAUAAAUGUUAUUUCUGUCUGUAAAUCGGGAAUGAUUGAUGUACUAGGGGUAAGAUAACAUUUUGUAAUUUAAAGCUAAAGUGCGACAUAUCACAGUCUAAAACAUGAUCAAAAAUGGUUUCAUUUGAAGUAAGUAAAAAAAAAUGGAGAAAAUGCAGGUCAUGUCCUUAUACUUGUAAAUUUUAAAAAUGUGGAUAUUUUUACUUCAUAUUGAUGAUCAUGCUUAAUGUAAUUGAAUGAACUGUUUAUAAAUAAUUACACUGUUUAUUAUGGAAAUAAAUUAAAAAUGACCUUGACUUCA